AUAUCAGGGCGCAAUUCAUCAUCAAAGGGUGCAAAUAAAGACCUGACCUUUGCGAAUGCCUUCGUUCUUCUCUAGAAAACGACGGGAUUUCACCCAAAGCUCAAAACCCUAACCAUUUUUAGGGUUUUCUAAUUUUCACUUCAAUCUCUUCAAUGGAAACAGAAGAAGACGAUAAUUCAAGCCACUCUAUAAUCACAUCAACAACGGCAACCGCUACAGAGCCUGAAACUGGAGGCCACCUAUUAUGUACUCGGCCUCAAUGUAUGCCCCACCCGGUGACCGAAUUACCCGACCCACAAUUCAGUGGUGGCUGUAGGGAUGGCGAUUCACGAUCACCACCUGAAACAGAAACUAAUGUUCCCAAUGACAGUGGUUAUCGGGAUGUCGUUGUAGGGGAGAACAUGUCCGUGAUAGAGUUUAGCGAGUUGGAUGGAGGUGGUGGCGAGUCUCAAUCUCAUCCUUCACGAUCGCUGCAGCUAGCGGUGGCUGAGGGAGGCGAAGAAGAGAGUGUUAAGGCCGAAGAGGAGAGUGCUCAGGUCAAAGAUGAGGGCCAGGGUAUUGAGACACCAGAAAUUCUGCAUGAAACUCCAAGAAAAGAAGGGGAACAUAAUGAAUUGGUUCCUGGAGAGGGAUGGCAUCAACAUUUAAACGUCAGCUAUUCAUCUAAUGAAGAUAAAGAUAAAUAUGGGAUCGUGGAUUCUGCAGUUGACAUUAGAGGAGAGAAUAAGGAAACAGAGACUAAAAUGGAGGUUGUUGUUAACUUGGUAGUGGAUUCUGGGGAGACAAGGAAAGCAGAUGUCAUUGGUACGACAGAGGAACUAGCUAUGGUGGAUAAGUGUACGGAGAAGAGGGACGUGGUAGAGGAACCAAAGGAGGAUGCUUCUGACACCCCAAAGGAGGCAGAUAUGGCUUACAUCCCUGAGGAAACAAAGGAGGAUAAGGAAAAUUGUGGGGUCACUGAUGCCGGAGUUGACGUGCCAGGAGUGAAUAAGGAAUUAGAGACUAAAAUUGAGGUCGUAGAGGACUCUGGGAAGGCAGUGGAAACAGAUAUCACAGAGACUAUGGAGGGACCAGCAAUGGGGUAUAAGGAUCUGGAGAAGAGGGACGUGGUAGAGGAAACAAAGGAGGAGGCUCCUGACACUGUAGAAGCCGCAGAGACAGCUUACAUGUCAGACCAAACAAAGGAGGCAGCUUUUGGUACGGAAGAAGAGGCAGAGAUGGCUGACAUGGUGGAGAAUAAGGUGGAGGUAGAGGAGGAAGAGGUUGCAGAGGAGGUGGAGGAGGAGAAGGAGGUGAUGGCAGAAGAAGUUACCUCGACAGAGGAGAUGGAGGCAGCAGAUCAGACUGAAAUGUCUGAAAAUGCGGAGGAAACUAAGAUGCCAGAGGAGACAGAGGAGGAUGUUAAUGAGGCAGGGGACAUGGAUGAGGUCGGGAUAACUGACAGAACAGAGGAAAAUGAAAAGGAAGAGGACAUGGAUGCUACAAAUGCGAAAGAAGAAUCAGAGAUGGCUGAAGAAGCAGAGAAUGGAGAGGAGAUGGAACUGGCAGAUGGAACUGAGGUGGAAGGGGUAGGAGAUGAAGUGGAGGAAGUGAGCAGAAAUGCUGGUGGGAAGAGGAAAAGGGGAAAGAAUGCCAAGGCCUCCGCUAGAGUUUCUACCAGGAAGAAGUUGGAGGAGGAUGUUUGUUUUAUUUGCUUUGAUGGUGGUAACCUCUUCCUAUGUGACCGCAGGGGGUGCCCUAAGGCAUAUCAUCCUUCCUGUGUUAAUCGAGAUGAGGCAUUCUUUCGGGCUAGAGGUCGAUGGAAUUGUGGUUGGCAUCUGUGUAGCAUCUGUGAGAAGAAUGCCUACUAUAUGUGUUAUACAUGCACAUUCUCCUUGUGCAAAGGUUGUGUCAAAGAUGCUGUCAUCCUAUGUGUUAGAGGUAACAAAGGUUUCUGUCAGACAUGCAUGAAAACUGUCAUGUUGAUUGAAAAGAGUGAGCAGGGAAGCAACGAAGGGGCCCAAGUAGAUUUUGAUGACAAAAGCAGCUGGGAGUUCCUAUUCAAGGAUUACUGGAUUGAUUUAAAAGAGAGGCUAUCUAUAACAUCAGAUGAACUUUCUCAGGCUAAAAAUCCAUGGAAAGGAUCUGAGUUAUAUGGUGGGAAGCGGGAAUCCAUGGAUGAACCUUAUGAUGCUCAUAAUGAUGGAGGGACAGGAUCAGACAGUUCUGGGAAUCCAGAAGUAACUACUUCUAAAAGAAGAAAGGCUAAAAAGCGGUUGAAGGCUCAUGCUAAGGAAAAGGAUUCACUGAUUACAACAGUAAACAAUGCUGAAGAGGCAUCCCCAGUUGGAAGUGUGGAGUGGGCAUCAAAGGAGCUCUUGGAAUUUGUUAUGCAUAUGAAGAAUGGUGAUAAAUCUGUGUGUUCUCAGUUUGAUGUGCAAGCUCUUCUUCUGGAAUAUAUAAAAAGGAACAAACUUCGUGAUCCUCGUCGUAAGAGUCAAAUAAUUUGUGAUUCAAGGCUUGAGAAAUUGUUUGGGAAGCCGCGUGUGGGGCAUUUUGAAAUGUUAAAACUUCUGGAAUCUCACUUUCUUUUAAAAGAGGAUUCUCAGGCAGAUGAUCUUCAAGGAAGUGUUGUUGAUACUGAAACUAAUCAGUUGGAGGCUGAUGGAAACUCUGAUGGUCUUAUGAAGGCUAGUAAGGACAGGAGGCGUAGGUCACGCAAAAAGGGUGAUGGAAGAGGAUUGCAAUCUAAUCUUGAUGAUUAUGCAGCCAUUGAUAUCCACAACAUCAAUUUAAUCUAUUUACGGCGGAGUUUGUUGGAGAAUCUAAUUGAUGAUACUGAAACAUUUCAUGACAAAGUUGUUGGUUCUUUUGUGAGGAUAAGGAUAUCUGGAAGUGCUCAAAAGCAAGAUUUAUAUAGGCUAGUCCAAGUUGUUGGUACUAACAAAGCUGCUGAGCCCUAUAGAGUUGGCAAAAAGACAACUGACUACCUGCUGGAGAUAUUAAAUUUAAACAAGACAGAGAUUGUAUCAAUUGAUAUAAUCUCAAACCAAGAAUUCUCUGAGGAUGAAUGCAAGCGGCUGCGGCAGAGCAUAAAAUGUGGUCUUAUCAAUCGGUUGACUGUGGGGGACAUUCAGGAAAAGGCCAUGGCACUUCAGGCUGUUAGAGUUGAAGAUUUAUUGGAAUCGGAGGUUACACGUCUCAGUCAUCUUCGUGACCGAGCUAGUGAUUUGGGCCGGCGGAAGGAGCUUAGAGAGUGUGUAGAGAAAUUGCAGCUUCUAAAAUCACCUGAGGAGCGCCAACGCAGAUUGGAAGAAAUUCCAGAAAUUCAUGCUGACCCAAAUAUGGAUCCAAGUUAUGAGUCUGAGGAAGAUGAAGCCCAAACAGAUGAAAAGAGACAAGACUAUCUGAGACCUGGAGGUAGUACCUUCAACAGGAGAGGGAGAGAGCCACUUUCUCCUGGAAGAGGAAGUUUUGCUUCAAAUGAUUCAUGGGGAACUAGAAAUUACUCAAGUUCGAAUAGGGAGUUGAGCAGAAACUUGUCCAAUAAAGGUUUCUUGACGAAAGGUGAUGAUAAUACUGGAGCUGGCGAGAUACUAAAUGAAAGCUUAUGGAGUCAUGGAAGGGACAGAGAACCACUGCAAUCACAAAGUUGGGAGAAGCCAAAAUCUGCUUCAAAUUUGGAAGCUAAGAAUGUCCAUUCUGUACUAUCAUCUGAAUCAGUUCCUAGUGUUAAACAGGAUAUUGCAAUGGCACCUUCCUCUGCAGUUGUAGCACAAUCUUCAAUCAAAGUGAAUGAAACAGACAAGAUAUGGCAUUACCAGGAUCCAUCUGGAAAAAUACAAGGGCCAUUCUCCAUGGUGCAGCUGCGGAAAUGGAGUAAUACUGGAUAUUUCCCUGCUGACCUAAGAAUAUGGAGAACUAAUGAGAAGCAGGAUGACUCUAUGCUUUUGACUGAUGCAUUGGCUGGAAAUUUCCAGAGAGAACCUCAAUUGGUGGACAGCAGUUUCGUAAAAAAUCAGAGUCCACAUCAUUCAUCCUCAUACGCCACACAUGCAGGGGAGGGUUGGAAACCUCAACCUGAAAUUAGUAAUUCUACUGCUCGAGCUGCUUCAGCACCCCUUGAUAUUCCAAAGUAUUCUACAGAAAAGUGGGUUUCUGAGACAAACUUGCCUUCCCCAACACCAGCCCAAGCUGCCACAAGUGGAAUAAUGGGGAAACCAUAUGAAAGCAGAUGGUCACCCACCCGAGCUCAACCUGGUGGAUCUCUCUUGGGGGCCAACUCAGUCCCUGGUGGUAAUGGGGAGCUGCAACGCGCUACUGUAGUUAUCCCUGAAAUUACCCAAUUGCCACAUGCAACUCCAUCUCCUUCGGCAAAACCGUUGAGUUCUAUAAAUGCUCCUCAGAUGCAUUCUCAAUCAACAUUGCCUGGUGAAUCACCAAGGGUACAGGUCAUUUCCCAUCCGCUUCUGGCACCUGAUUCUGGUGGUGCUUCAGUUAAUACUGUCAUUGAUAUGAAAAGUAUCCAGAAUUUGGUUCAGCCUGUGAGUAAUAAUAACCCUAUUAUUGGAACACAAGGAUGGGGAGCUGUCUCAGUUUCAAAGCCUGAAAUGGUUGCUUCUCAGGCGUGGGGAAGUGCACCAUCCCAUAAGCCAGAGCAGAACAAUACAGUUUCCACUCAACCUAAUACUUAUGGAAACUGGGGCGAUGCAUCUUCUGCUGCCCAUAAUUCUACUUCAUCCUUUAUUGCAGGCAACCAAACAGGUGUUUCUCCUGUACCAGGAACUUCAGGUUUGGCACCAUCUGAUCUUUGGCGAGGUCAAAUGCCUGGGCAACCAAACAUUCAGCCUUCUGCUGCUCCAUCUAAUGUGCCAUGGAGCAUGAGUACUGAUAACCAAUCAGUUACACCUAGACAAGGGCCAGAAAAUCAAAAUAUUGGUUGGGGACCGGUUCCAGGAAAUCCGAACAUGGGCUGGGGUGGACCUGUAUCUGCAAAUUCUAAUCAGGGUUGGGCUGUAUCUGGUCAGGUACCAGCACCAGCAAACACAAACCCAGGCUGGGUUGCACAUGGGCAAGUGCAAGCACCUGGAAAUGCAAAUCUGGGUUGGGCUGCUCCUGUUCAGGGUCAAGCACCGGGAAAUGCAUUUCAGGGUUGGAUGCCACCUGGGCAAGGGCAGGCACCAGUAAACACCAAUCCAGCUUGGAUUGCAUCUGGCCAAGGACAACCUCCUGGGAAUGCAAAUCCCAACUGGGCAGCUUCUUCAGGGAACAUGGGGUCAUGGGGAAGUGAAAAGAACAACAAUGGAGACAGAUUCUCAAGCCAAAGGGAUGGUGGUUCUCAGGGUGGGGAUACUGGUUAUGGUGGAGGUAAGCCAUGGAAUAGGCAGUCAUCAUUCGGCAGCCAAAGGGAUGGUGGUUCUAGGCCUCCCUUUAAAGGGCAGAGAGUAUGCAAAUUCCAUGAAAAUGGGCAUUGCAAAAAGGGAGCAGCUUGUGAUUAUUUGCAUACUUAACUUUAGAAAUUUUGAGCAGCAUAGUGCAGUUAAAUCUGUACAGUAAUUUUAUUUGAAAGAGGUUAGACAUUUACAAAAAAAAGCUUUUAAAUGCUUUAUACUUGUAAAACCCUGUGCAGUUUAGCAUCUUAUAUUUUCUUUUA